AUGAUUAAUAUAAAAAUCAAAACAAAUAAUAAUGAUGAAGAUAUUGAAAAUAUUAAUAAAAUAAUUAAUAGUAUAACAUUAUGCGUGUCAUUUUUGACGAUUAUCAUUGGAACAUUGGGUGGUUUAUGUAAUAUAAUAACAUUUACAUCAAAAGAAUUUCGGUCUAAUUCAUGUGUAACUUAUCUUUUCUGUUCAACAAUAUUUGAUAUUAUAUAUUUAUUAUUAAGUGGUACAACACGUUUUUUACUUGAUUAUUUUCCUUCGAUAAGAAAUGAUCAAUCAAUUUUAUUUUGUAAAUUUCGUACUUAUUUCGUUAUUGUUAUUCCAAAAUUAUCUGUUUAUUUUAUCAUGGCUGCAACAAUUGAUCGAUAUCUGUCAACAUCAAGUUCUAAGAAAUAUCGUAAUUUAAGUGGAAUAAAAUUAGCUUGGCGUAUUUCAAUGAUAAUUAUAACUGUAUCAUUAAUCAUUAAUUCUCAUAUACUUUUCUUUUAUGAAUUACAAUCACAAAAUAAUAAUAAUAAUAUAUACCAAUGUGUUCCUUAUCGGGGUUUCUAUACUAUAUUUGUUAGUAUUUAUGUUUUUGUAUUAAAUCCAUUGAUAACAUACAUAAUUAUGUUAAUUUAUAUUUUAAUUACUUUGAUACGACUAAGAACAUUACGAUGUCGAUUAGGUUUUGUCAAUAAUUCGAGAAAAAAAUAUCGUAUUAUUGAUCGUCAUUUAAUAAUAUUAAUAUUUGUUCAUGUUGGUUUAGGAAUGUUAUUAACAUUUUUUCGUACUGGAUUUUUAGCUUAUAGUUUUUGGACAAAUAAUAUGAAGAAAAAUAUUUGGAGAAUUACAAUUGAAUUAUUUUUUGAUAAAUUUUCUCUUAUUAGUUUUUAUAUGAAUUUUGCUAAAUCAUUUCCUGUUAAUAUAUUAACAAGUUCACUUUUUCGUCGAAUAUUCUAUCAAAGAAUAAUUAAUCUAUUUAGAAAAAUAUGUCCUUCCCGUAAAGGUAUGUUAAACAAAUAA